AUGUCAAAUUAUCAACAACAAAAAUUAAAUCAUUAUACCCAACCUCAACAUGCUCAACAACAUGCUCAAUACCAACAACAACAACAACAGCAACAACAGCAGCAUCACCACGUUCAACAGCAGUACCACCACCAACAACAACAACACCAAGUUCAAUCACACCAUCCCAAUUACCACCAAAAACCAAGAUAUGGUCCACCACAUAAUAUAAAACCUCGUCAAUAUAAUAUAAUGUUAGAAAUGUUAGAAUCAAAAUCAAAUAAAAUCUUAACACAAGAAUAUGAAAAUGAAAUAUUAGAAACUUUAUCAAAUUUAGAAAUUCAAACUUCAGUAAAUUCUUCAAUGAUUGAUUUACAACCUGAAAUUCAAUGGUUUAUGAGACCUUUUUUAAUUGAUUUUUUAAUUGAAUUACAUUCUUCAUUUAAAUUACAACCAAAUACUUUAUUUUUAUGUAUGAAUAUAAUUGAUAGAUAUUGUGCAAAAAGAAUAGUUUUUAAACGUCAUUAUCAAUUAGUUGGUUGUACUGCUUUAUGGAUAGCAAGUAAAUAUGAAGAUAAAAAAUCAAGAGUUCCUACAUUAAAAGAAUUAACAAUAAUGUGUAGAUCAGCUUAUGAUGAAAAUAUGUUUGUUCAAAUGGAAAUGCAUAUCUUGGGUACAUUAGAAUGGUCAAUUGGUCAUCCAACUUUAGAAGAUUGUUUACAAUUAUCAAUAAAACAAAUAAAUGUUAAAAAUCAUUCAAAUAUAAUACCUUAUAAAUGUAAUUUACAAAAUCAAAUUCAAAAUCAAAUUUUAAAAAAUGAUUCUAAUACAAAUUCAAAUUUAGAUGGAAGUACAUUAUCUGCAGUUACAGCAAUUGGAAGAUUUCUUUGUGAAUUAUCAAUGUAUGAUAAAUAUUUAUUAGAUUUUCCAAUAAGUCUUAUUGCAAUAUCAUCAAAUUUAUUAGCUUGUUCAAUGUUACAAAUUCCAAAUGCUUCAAAUAAUUUAAAAAAUUUAAUUGAAAAACAUAUAAUUGAUCCAAAGAGGAAUUUAUUAAUCAAACAAUAUAAAUUAAAUCAUCAAAAAAAUUUACAAAAUUUAAAACAACAUCAACAACAUCAACAAAAUCAACAACGUCCUCAAUUACAUAGAAUAAAUCAACCUCAACAAAGUCAAUUUAAAAUUCCAAAAUUUCCAUUAAAAUUAUCAAAUAUAAAUAAUUUUUAUCAUCAAAAUAAUGAAAGUAAUUAUAGUCAUCAAUCAAAUAUAAUGAGACAUUCAAGUAUUGAUGAUGAUAUAGAUUUAGAUUCAGAAGAAGAUACAGAUAAUGAUGAUGAAAAAAAUGAAGAUGAUGAAGAUUAUGUUUUAGAAUAUUCUGAUCAAUUUGAACGUUUUGACUUAUAUGAUCAAUCAUUACCUGGUUAUGAUGAUGAAGAUGAAAAAAAUGAAGAAUUUGAUGAUAAUGAAAAUAAUGAAUUUAAUGAUACAAAUAAUACAACAAUUGAAGAUGACGAUGAAUCAGAUUCAGAUUCAGAAUCAGAAGAAAUUGAAAAUAAAUUUCCAGAAAUUAUAGGAUCUUUUUUAAAUGGAUUUGAUGAAAAUAAUUUAAUUGUUAUAAAAAAAAUUUCAUUAAUUUUAAUUUUAAAUUUAAGUAAAGUUACUGAAGUAUUAAAUAAAAAAUAUGAAUCUUUGGGUGUUAUUCAAGUUUUAAAAAAUUUUAAUGAUAAAAAUUAUAAAUUAAUUAAAGAAAUUCAUGAAUUUGUUAAUAAACAAUCUAUGAAUCAAAAUAAUAAUGGAUCUAAUCAAACUUCAUCAUCACAAUCUCCAUCACAUGCACAACUUUCACAACCUUCAUCACAACCCUCACAAUCAUCAUCAUCACAAUCAAUAGCAAUAUCAAACAUCCUAAAUAAUUUUGAACAAAUAGAUAAAAAAAUUAUAAAUUCAAUUGAAAAUUUAAUAAAUUAUCCAAAAAAUUUAUCAAAUCCAAAUGAUUUUUUAAAAGAAUUUGAAAUAAAUACAAAUUCUUUAAAUUUAUCUUCAACUUCAUCACUAAUGAAUAAUUCAUCAUUUUUAUUAUCUUCAACAUCAACUGAAUCAGAAUAUUCAUUCGGGUAUCAACAAAAUCACCUCCAAAUCCAAACUCCUAAAUCAACAUAUCCUUUCAAUUCAUCAUCAUCAAUUGAUUCAAUUCAGCAGCAACAACCACCUAUAACUCCACCAUCUGCAACAUCUCAAUAUCUGAUAUUUUCAAAUAAAAAAUUAUUAAAUUCUUCAAAUUCUUCAAGUACUUCAACAACAAAUUUAAUAGAUUCAAAUUCAAAAUGUAAUGAAUCUCCUAAUACUUCUGGAUUUUCAAAUUUAUUAAAAACAAAAUCAAAAAUUAGAAAAAAAUUAAUACCAAUUGUUAAGAACAAUAAUGGAGUCAGUGGAAAUGGAGUUACUGUUGUUGGAAAUAAUGGAAUUAGUGGUAAUGGUAAUGAUAGUGAUAAAGAAUUUUCACCAAUAAAACCAAUUUUUACAAGUUCUUCAUUAAAUAAUAGUUCUCCAUUAAUGCAUCAAAAUUUUUAG